CUCCCUCCAGCGACGCCCAUGGAUGCUUCCCGUCCACAACCCCACCUCGGAGCUCUGCCUCUGACGUGACUGGGCUUGGGCAUCCUGGCUCGUAUCUAGCCUCGCACACCACUUUGAUUACACUUUUAUGAGCUGUCGGACUACGCCAUAUUGACACAUCCACUCCCAGAAUGACGAGCCCCGCCUUUCACACUCUGCGCGAAAAGUACGCUGCCGGACUGAGACACUUCAUCGCAUCAACCCGGAGCCUUGAGGUGCUGGCUUCCGUCCCCUCCGAGCGCCACGAUCCCACCCCUACCACUGAUGUCCUGUACGUGCUCGACUCGUCCUUCAACCCCCCGACUCUUGCCCACAGCAGGAUCGCGACGUCCGCUAUUCUAGAAGACCCUCACAAACCCGCACGCCUCCUGUUGCUUCUUGCCACGCAGAAUGCCGACAAGCCAUCCAAACCGGCCUCAUUCGAGGACCGUCUCGUAAUGAUGGAGUUGUUCGCUCGAGAUCUUCUUUCGUCCCUCCGGACCAAUGAGUCCGUCCCGGUGCCCCGGAACCUUCCCGUGAUCGACAUUGGAGUCACCAAGAAACCGUACUUCGUGGAUAAGGCUGCGGAAAUUGAGCGCUCGGGUGUAUAUCCCCAGCCACUGGAGCAGGUCCAUUUGACAGGCUAUGAUACGCUGAUCCGCAUCUUCAACCCGAAGUACUACCCGCCGGAGCAUACCCUCCAGCCUUUGGGGCCUUUCCUUUCCCAACAUCGGUUGAGAGUGACCAUGCGUCCGGACAGUGACUGGGGCAGCCGAGACGAGCAGGAGGGAUUUAUGGCCGACCUGGCACAGGGAGGUAAAGACAACGUGGGUGGCAAACGGGAAUGGGCUGAACGCAUCAAGCUCGUUGAAGGAAAAAAGCCUGGAGCGCCGUCGGUGAGCUCGACAAGGGCCCGGGAAGCUGCCGUGAAGAAUCCACAGGAUCUCGAAUGGCUGGUAUCUCCCAGCGUCCGAGAGGUCAUCCUAUCUGAACGGCCAUACACGGAGUAAUUGAUGGCAAUAAACCAUGGAAUCAUACACUCAACCAUGCGAUGGCUGGGUCGGACGGAGAAGACUAGAGUCGGUCGCUCAAAAUCUCAUGUAUAUUUUGUAGAAGGACAUCCGUCAAGAUAU